AUGGCCGACACACGAGCGGCGUCCUUGCAAUCUCCUCGCGUGGAAACAAAGACGGUUACUCUUGGACACCAGCUGAUUGCUAUGCUUCAGAAGAGCAGACACCUUUGGGGGGGCUACGACAGCAUCCUCACCACGAAUGGCAGUGUCAAGAACAACUUUUCUGGCGAGUCCAGAAACCGAGACCGAAGCCAGCGGGCCAGCUCUGACCCUCAGCUCAAAGAUCUGUGUGGCAGCCGGACUCUGGAGCAGACGGUCAACGAAAGGUGCCACACUCCAACCAGAUGGAACCGGAUCUGGUGCAGCUCGUACCCUGAGGCAGAGUUCUUUGACCGAGUACUAAUGCUUUCUCAAAGGCUCUACAGUCUGCAGGCCAUCAUAUCGCAGCAGGACAGCCACAUGGAGCUGCAGCGUGUCUCGCUGACGGAGCGAGCCUCCCUGCCCGGCCGCCACCGCGGCAACGUGCUCCUGGAGCAGGAGAAGCAGCGGACGCUGGCCCUGCAGAGAGAGGAGCUCGCCAGCUUCCACAAACUGCAGUCCCAGCAUCGGCAAGAGCAGCAGCGCUGGGAGAAGGAGCGCGCCAGGCACCGCCAACAAGUGGAGGCCACGGAGGCCAGGCUGUGGCAGAGGGAGGAGGAGUGCAGGCGCUUGGAGGAGCGUCUGGCAGAAGAGAGGGUGGAGCUGGAGAGGCAAAGGGAGACCUACCAACAGGACCUGGAGAGGCUGAGAGAAUCCACCCGGUCUGUUGAGAAGGAGAAGGAACGCCUGGAACACCAGAAGAAGAUCAAGAGGAAAACCAUCGAGGUGGUUCCUCUGGCAGGCAGCCUAAACGGGGAUCUCCUCUUAUCCUCUGGCCUCAGCGGCUCCACCGGCCUCUCUGAAGCCCCCCUGCCCCAGAAGCCCCUUGUGCGUGGCAGCCUCUCCGUGGCACCGGCUGACUACUCGGAGCGGCCUGAGGUGUCGUUGCGGCGGGACGCCAGCUCCUCCACCCUGCCGUUGAAGACCGAGGUGCCGCUCCACCUCUUCAGCACCACCAACCAGCAGCACAAACUGCUGGGGGUGCAGCAGCAGAUCCCCACCAAACUGGCCGCCCUCAGCAGCGGCAAAGGGAAGGGAGUCAAGAGCGGCAAGGCCUCGCAGCGUACUGACAGCACUGCCUCCGUGGACAUGAAGCAGAUUCUUCCUCUGAAGCUGUCAGCUCGCGACGACAACGCCCUCAAAGCCAAGCGCUCCGUCAGCCCCAACCAGCAACCCCUGUUGUCUGCUGCGCCUCCUAUGCCGCCCUCCCUGCAUCAUCACUUAGAUCCAAGCCCUCCAGACAUUUCCGGACCGGAUUCCCAAUCUACCGUUCCUAGCACCGGCCACCCUGCGACUCUCCACAAGCCUCCCGUGCCUCUCGCUCAGCCUCACUCCAUCCUGCCGGCCCAGGUGCAGCCCCAGGGCCUCUGCCCUGACCCCCACAUGCCGCUACCGCCGCCCUACAUCAGCACAGAAGACCUCAACAAGGAAGAUGUCAUCUUCUUCUGAAUUCACAUCAGCGGACGCCUGUCUUAUUUUAUUUACUCUCCUCUAAAGCCCAAACAUUUGGCUUCUUUUCAUGAAUCGAUCCAAAGAUGGCAGCCAUUGUCAGUGAAAGAAGUCCAAUGAUGUGAAGACCAGACUGACGUAGACUUGGCGUGUGCGUCAAGAGGAACACUUGCUUGGUGGUUCAUUUGCACAGUGUAAAUACUCCAUUCCUGACUCUUGAACGAGCCUUUAGGGGUCUUUUUAGAAUGCUUUGUAGCUGAUUGUAUGUUCCUAACUACACUUUUAGGGAUAUUUUUCUAAUCCUAGAAAUGAUCAAGUCAACAUCUUUUGUUAAAAUCUUCUUCCCUCCAUGUGACUGAGUGAAGGCAGGAGGCGGUGUACCCCCUGGAUACAAUCACGGGUCCCCUUUCAUUUUAAGCCUACACUUAUGGCCCCUUUUUAAAAAAACAAAUUUACAGUUCUAUAAUGAAGACAUCGGAUUUUGAAUGUUAUCAGUGUGUGUUUAGACUCUGAUUGAUGUUUUUGGCCGGCUAGUGAAGGCAAAAUACAGUCGUGGUCAAAAGUGUACAUACACUUGUGAAGAACAUCAUGUCAUGGCUGUCUUGA